GAGAGAGAGAGAGAGAUUGUUGCUGUUGUCUUUCCCCCCGUCUCUGUGCUGAUGCUGUGAAAUGGCUGCUCGCAGGGCUGCUGCUCAGGACUAGCGUGCGAGGCCGAGACCAGGACCUGAAGACGGACUCCGCGGACGGAUCGAGGAUGGAGGGCAAAGCACCCGCCAUGGCGGCCAAGCGGGGCAAGCCUGGGGUGCCUCAGGGGGGCGCCCCGCGCGGGGAGCUGCGGGUGUUCCGCGCGGGCAGCCAGGAGGGGCGCCUGCCCGUCCCGUCGAACCUGCGCAAGCAGAAGUCGCUCACCAACCUGGCGGUGCUCACCGACGCCGAGAAGAAGAUGCAGCUGUACCAGCCCGAGUGGCGCGACGACAUGGGCAAGCCCGGCACCGGCUCCCUGCGGGCGGGCAAGGCCAAGGCGGGCGCGGGCGGGGGGCCCGCCCCGCUGUCCCGGAACCUGUCCAAGUCGGAGCACUCGCUGUUCCAGGGCAAGCCCCGCCCCUUCAGCCCGCUGGCGGCCCCCGCGGCGCUGGGCAAGCAGAGCCGCAUCCCGCGCGCGCCCUACGCCGAGGUCAAGCCCCUCAGCAAGGCGCCCGACGACGGCAAGUCCGACGACGAGAUCCUGUCCGGCAAGGCCAAGGCCGAGGACAAGAAGCCGCCGCUGCCCGGGGGGGCCGGCGAGGGCGGCGCCAAGGGGCAGGGCGGCGAGGGGGACAAGCCCUUCCUGAAGGUGGACCCCGAGCUGGUGGUCACGGUGCUGGGCGACCUGGAGCAGCUGCUCUUCAGCCAGAUGCUGGACCCGGAGUCCCAGAGGAAGCGCACUGUGCAGAACGUCCUGGACCUCAGGCAGAACCUGGAAGAUACCAUGUCCAGUCUGCGGGGGGCGCAGCUCAGCCACAGCUGCAUGGAGACGGGCGUGUGCUACGACAGCGACGAGACCAACGCGCGCAGCGUCUCCAGCACGUCCAACCGCUCGUCGCCGCUCUCCUGGCGCUACGGCCAAUCCAGUCCGCGCCUGCAGGCGGGCGACGCCCCCUCCUCCACCGGCGGCGGUUACCACGGCGGCCAGGGCCCCGCCCAGUACGCGUCCCGCACCAUGCCCGCCCGGAACCCCUCCCGCCUCGGCCACGCCUCCCGGGGCCAGCUCAUCGAGGGCCCGGACGCCGACGACCCCGACCUCAAGUCCGGUUACCUUAGCGACAGCGACCUUGUCAGCAAGAGCCUGAACGAGGACGACGACCUGGGGAACGGGUGGGACGAGAGCAGCUCCAUCAGCAGCGGGCUCAGCGACGGGUCGGACAACCUCAGCUCGGAGGACUUCAACGCCAGCUCCUCCCUCAACUCCCUGCCCACCACGCCCGUCGGGUCGCGACGCAACUCCUCCGUUGUGCUGCGCACGGACGCGGAGAAGCGCUCUCUGGCCGAGAGCGGCCUGUCCUGGUACAGCGAGGACGGCCGGCCCCCCCGAAAGGGCGAGGGAGGUGGCGGCUACGACACGGGCAGCCUGAAGACCGAGUCCUCCGCCAAGUGGAGGAAAUGUCGCCCCCUGGAGGGCGGCGGGGAGGAUGCGGAGGGCAAGGCCGAGCCGAAGAAGCCCCAGAGCCUGGGACAGCCCGGAACCUUCAAAAAGAGCCGCAACCCCCCCGUGGGGGUCACCUCCCCCAUCACACACACCUCCCACAGCCUGCUGAGGGUGGCAGCUCAGAAGCCUGACCAGAAGCCUGUGGACAAGGCCAAGGUGGCGGUGAAGGCUUCGGGGCUGCAGCGCUCCUGUUCGGAUGCCGGACGGGAUCGCGGGAAGCCCCCCUCGGGCCUGGUGCGCCCCACCGCCGCCGGGUCCUUCGGCUACAAGAAGCCGCCGCCCACCUCCGGCACGGCGACGGUGAUGAGCGCCAGCGGCGCCACCAUCUCCAGCGGCUCCGCCACCGUGGGCAAGACGCCCAGGUCCUCCGGCAUUCCCAUCAAGCCCCUGGGCAGCGGCGGGGGUGGCGGCCUGGGCGGGGACAGCCGCAAGAGCAGCCUGGACGUGUCCAACCUGGAGCCGGGUUUCCUGUCGCCCAGUGCGCGUGGGAGCAUCCAGUACCGCAGCCUGCCCCGGCCCGCCAAGUCCAGCGCCAUGAGCCUGACGGGCCGCCCCGCCUCCCGGCCCGUCAGCAGCACCAUCGACUCCGCCCUGCUCGGCCUCAAGCCCGCCCCUUCCCCGGGCCCCUCCCUCAGCCCCGCCCCCAGCCCCGCCCUCAGCCCCACCCCCUCCUGCAGCACCAGGAUGAAGGAGCUGGGCGGCGGCGGCGGCAAGGCCAACCGCGCCAGCGUGGGCCCGGUCAACCAGACGGACCGCGAGAAGGAGAAGGCCAAGGCCAAGGCGGUGGCGUCGUCCGACUCGGACUGCGGGUCGCUGAAGGGCCUCCUGGCUGCUGGGGAGGCCAGCGCCAAACUGCAGGGGCUGCGGCAGUCCAGUGGGAGCAAGUACUCCGAGCUGUCCUCCCCUGUCACCCACAGGGCGCUAGGCAGCAAGUCGCUAGGGCGACCGCCCAGCCUGGCUCACGGCGACAAGGUGAACAGCCUGGACUCCUGUUUGGGCCUGCAGGACCUGCCGCCCAAGGUGCCCCCGUUCUCCAAACUGCAGGACCUGGCGGGGUCGUGCGGGACGCCCCGCCUCACCCCCAGCCCCGCGCCCGUCCUGCACAUCGACUCCCCCGGCUGCUUCUCCGGCUCGCCCCUGCUCUACCCCCGCCUCUCCGGGAUGCACCGCAGCCUGGAGUCCCUGCCCAUGCACCUGAGCGUGCCCCCCAGCCCCGCCAACCGCCAGGAGGAGCGCGAGGAGCGGGGCGGCGGCCCGGGCGUCUGGGGGCCUGGCAGCAGGACGUCCAUCACUCUGCCCGACAGCUUGCAAAGGGAUAGGAACACCCUUCCCAAGAAAGGACUGAGCCGCUACAGCCAGCCGGAGGAGGAGGUGAAGAAGGAGGGCAAGGAGAGGAGACACUCCCACACCAUCGUCAGCAUUACCGACUCAGAGAGCCCCCCGCGCCUGCCCUCCCCCCCCUCGGCCUCCCUCUCCGUGGGCAAGAACCCCCCUACCAACGUGGUGGCCCCCACCCCAAACGGCGGCACCCCGCCCCGGAUCACCCGCUCCAACAGCAUCCCCACCCACGACUCCGCCUUCGAGCUGUACGGCGCCUCCCCCCUGGGCAGCAGCCUCUCGCUGGCCGACCGGCCCAAGAGCAUGACCCGCUCCGGAUCCUUCCGCGAACCCGGAGAGGACGUCCACGGUUCAGUCCUGUCCCUGGCGUCCAGUGCUUCGUCCAGCUACUCCUCGGCUGAAGAACGAAUGCAAGGAGAGCAAAUCCGAAAACUGAGGAGGGAGCUGGAGACAUCCCAGGAGAAGGUGGCCACCCUGACGUGCCAGCUGUCCGAAAAUUUAGGCCAGGCCAACCUGGUGGCUGCAUUCGAGCAGAGCCUGGCCCUCAUGACAUCACGGCUGCAGUCCUUGUCCGUCACUGCCGAUCAGAAGGACACUGAACUGUUGGACCUGAGGGAGACCAUCGAGGUCCUGAAGACCAAAAACACGGAGGCCCAGACGAUCAUCCAUGGGGCGCUCAGCACCGCUGACCUCACCCCCAAAAGUGCAGAUCUGCGGAUAAAGAGGCAGAACUCCUCAGAGAGCAUCUCCAGCCUGAACAGCAUCACCAGCCUCUCCAGCGUGGGCAGCUGCAAGGACGCCGACGCCAAGAAGAGGAAGAAGAAGAGCUGGCUGAGAAGCUCCUUCAACAAGGCCUUCAGCAUCAAGAAGGGCCCCAAGUCGGGCACCUCAUACUCGGACAUCGAGGAGAUCGCCACGCCCGACUCCUCCGCCCCCUCUUCCCCAAAACUGUCCCACGACGGAGGGGAAAACCCCCCCUCGUCCCUGAGGUCCCCCACCUCUGCCUCGUCCUCUGUGAUAUUCGAGGGCGCCGAGGAGGCGGAGAACGAUGAGAAGGUGGUGUCGGACCUCCGCUCCGAGCUCUGGGAGAAGGAACGGAAGCUGACGGACAUCCGCCUGGAGGCCCUGAGCUCCGCCCACCAGCUUGAGCAGCUGCAGGAGGCCAUGAACAGCAUGCAGAUGACCGUGGAGAAUCUGAAGGCGGAGAAUGACCAACUGAAGGGUAGUCCCGCCCCCGGCCCCGCCUCCAGCUCUCAAAGCCACGCCUCUGGCCUGACCCCUCUGCUGACCUCCUCACCCCGGCUUUCUGCAGCCAUGUCCCUUACCAAGUCCUUCAGCCUGAGCCUGAAUGAGGGCAAGGAUCCAGACGUAACCCCCAUGGAAGCCGUGAGCCACCCGGCUCACAGAGACGAUGUCCGCCUCCGCGUGGUGGUCCGUCUGGGCGACCAGCGGGUUUUCAAAGAUGAGGUGAAGCAGCUGGAGUUCUUCAUUGGAUGGGUGAGGAUGAAUGGAAGGACAGACUGGGCCACGCUAGACACAGCCAUCAGCCAGGUCUUCAAGGACUACAUCGCUAAGGUAGACCCCACCUCCAGCCUGGUCCUCUCCGUAGACUCCAUCUACUGUUACCACGUCAACCACAUCAAGAGAGUGAUGGGCGGUGAGGUCCCUGAGGCCACACUCCUCCGCUGCCUGGGCAAGAGCCCCUGCUCCGUUUCUGUCGCUCUAAAAGGCAUGAAGGAGAAGUGCGUGGACUGCCUGGUGUUCGAGACGCUCAUUCCCAAGCCCAUGAUGCAACACUACAUCAGCCUCCUGCUCAAGCACCGGCGCCUGGUGCUGACGGGCCCCAGCGGCACGGGGAAGACCUACCUCACCUCCCGGCUGGCCGAGUACCUGGUGGAGCGCAGCGGGCGCGAGGCGGCCCCGGGCGUGGCCGCCACCUUCAACAUGCACCGCCAGUCCUGCAAGGAUCUUCAGCUGUAUCUGUCAAACCUGGCCAAUCAGAUUGACCGAGAGACCAGCACUGGAGACAUCCCAUUGGUUGUCAUCCUGGAUGACAUAAGUGACGCGUCCUCAAUCAGUGAACUGGUCAAUGGUGCCCUUACCUGCAAAUACCACAAAUGCCCAUACAUCAUUGGUACAACCAAUCAGCCCGUAAAGAUGACGCCGAACCAUGGCCUACACCUCAGCUUCAGGAUGGUGACCUUCUCCAAUAACGUGGAGCCUGCCAAUGGUUUCCUGGUCCGGUACCUACACAGGAAACUGAUGGAGGCCGAAAACGAGGGGAGCGUGAGCAACGAUAACCUUCUGAGGGUUCUGGACUGGGUUCCAAAACUGUGGUACCACCUUCACACCUUUCUGGAGAAGCACAGCACCUCAGACUUCCUCAUUGGACCUUGCUUUUUCCUGUCCUGUCCAGUCACUGUUGAGGAAUUCCGCUCCUGGUUCAUCGACCUAUGGAACCAUUCCAUCAUCCCUUACCUGCAGGAGGGUGCCAAGGAUGGCAUCAAGGUCCAUGGCCAGAAGGUGGCGUGGGAGGACCCCGUUGAGUGGGUGAGGGGUACCUUACCCUGGCCUUCAGCUCAGCAGGACCAGGCCAAACUCUUCCACCUCCCCCCGCCCAGCACAGGUCCCGGUAGCCCAGGGCAACCCAUUGAAGAGAGGCCCAGCAAGGAGACUCCGCCCAGCUCCUUGGAGUCUGACCCAUUGAUGGCUAUGCUGUUGAAGUUGCAGGAGGCGGCUAAUGUUAUAGAGUCUCCAGACAGGGAAACGGUGACGGACCUGAAUCUCAAGCCCACGCUCUGAGCUUCGGCAGGAAGCUGGAGAGGCAGACUGAGCACUUUGGAUAGCUGUACAUUGUAUUUGUGAUCCGUGUCAGCUUUGAAGUUUGGUAUUAUGUGGUUUUUAAAGAGCAAACUAACUUUCAGACGACUUGAUCUGUACCUUAAGAAGGUACUACUAAAGAAAACUCCACCUGUGAAUUUAAGGGAACAAACUGUCAUUAUUAAUUAUACUAAAUCUACCGAUGCAUGGCUACCAUCACAACAAAUUUAAAAUGAAAAGUUUUGAUUUUAUGCCACGUUUGUUAAUUUUCUCAGUCAUCAAAAUAAUAGCCUUUUUAAUUUUUAAUUUUUUACUUUAGAUAGUAACUUUGCUGAUUUCGAAACCUCUGCUAUUGAACUACUUCCCUACGUGCCACUCAUGGAAAUAGGAAAAUUGGUAAUGAGACCGUAUUCUAACACGUGAUUGGACACCACAAUUUGUGGGUGGAGACAACAGCAGAGACAUGUAAAAAGCACAUAUAUGGCAAGGGCAAAAUAGACGGCAAGUAUCCACAAUGGUUAUCGGACUUGAAUCUAAAAACUGUGCUGCUCCUACUUUUAAAACGGUGAGGCCAUGGAUAAGAUGGAAAAGACAAACAAAACAGCCUGUGUUAAACUGCGGUCUUGACAUAUAAAAUCUUCAGAGUAAGGUGGAAGUGACCGCAUUGUGUUCCUCUCAUGCGGAACGACCCACUGCUGUCUUAUGGGGUCCUAUUAUAAGGGCUAUAAGGCAUGGCCCAACCAAACCGUAUGCAAUUUUUAAUCAAUGCUCUUUAUGAACCAUGGUGCUCAAACAAAUGCCUUAAUCUGUCUCCUCACUACAAUAUCUCAUAGGAUUGAAUGACGUCAAAGUUGUACAUUUUCAGGUUCGAUAGAAACAUAUCCUUUACUGUUAUGAUUUAGGGUAUGGCAUAUGGCAUGUGCAGAUUUGACGUCUUCAGUUUGCAAAUGAUUCAGAGAUAGCCAUACAGCAUUUUAGUUUGCUUAUUACGUAACUGAAGUGUUAUCUGUUUCUAGUUAAGAUGCACUAGUUAACUGAUUUUCCUUUCUUUAGUUAAUCAAUAAGGGAUUCCUACAGGACGUGAGGGUAAAUUCACGAAAUCAAAAAUGUCAGACCAAAAAUAUUGAUUAUUUUAAACUCAUCCUGCAGGGGGCAGUAUGCAAGCCUUUUACACAUGCAAGUCUUUGCUUCUCUUUCUUUUCUUUACAAUUUGAAGUACUUGAUGUACUCAUUGCCAUUGUCUGCAAGCAUACUUCUCUUCACCAGUGCUAAAGAAUACAACUCAUUCGAAUGGCCAUGACUGAAAUUCCCAUGGUUUCAUUUAAACUUAAGAUACCACAUGUGCUAUUUUUUUUUUUUUAAACUGUUGUCAGUUUAGAGAAAUGCCGCAAAUAAGGACAAACUUGAAUUUCAUUAUAACCGACCGAUUUCCUGAGAUGACUAUCAGCGUAACGUCACACAAACGCUUGUCUAAUCAACAUUAAAUCAAAUUUGACUUUACCGAUUUUUACCGGUCUGACAAAUAAGCUAAUGAGUAAAGAAGUGAUAUUCUGCCUCUCAAUUAAAUCUUUAAUUUUCCCGGCAAAUUUCAACAGAGGUCAUGGAAUGGUUCAUUGGGCCGUAGUCACUUAAAUCACCUGGACGAAAGGACCUGUCGUAUGCAGACUGGUCCAUUUUGAGCGUUUGUCUGAAGUGCGCCAUAUGUUCAUAUCGACUGUUUACCAUGGAAGGGAUUAUUGACGCAUAGAGGACCUGCAUUUGAGCACUGGCUGGCACUAUUAUUAAUACCAACUAAUUUAAAGGUGCAAAUAUCUCUUAUGCUGAACCAAAUAAUUGAGCUGCAUUCUGAUGUAGUGGCUACGUAAUAAGAUCGUGUUUAAAUAGGGUUAAAAGGAAUGUAAAUGUAACACUUGCUCGAGUGCAAUGCCUUGACACAAUAUCAUAUUUUGUUUCUUUUUUUUUUUUUAAAUCCUGAGAGCACAGCCUUUGUAUGAAUUUGGUGCUAUCAGACUUUCCCCGCGAUGGUUCCUUUAAAGAGCUGGCCUCAUCCACAUGCGCAGUCAGUGCAAGUGUUGAGGUAACAGAAUAUUACUGACAAUAUAACAAUAUUUCUGAUUGACGGGACACAGUUCCUGUGUUUCAAGAAGAUUUCAGUUCAUUGGGCCCUGGGUUGAGAUUUGGGAAUGUAGCCCUUAAUAUUCAGCCAUACACCAACAUCUAGCUGCUAAUGGUGCUACAUCCUAAUAGAUUUAACGGGUAGUCUUCUGGUUUCUUUUUUUUUUGGCCUUUUGAAUGAACCCCACAAAUGUUAAGAACUACGCAGAUGACUGUAUUUUUAGUGUCCGCUGGUUGCACACAGUUUCUUUUUUUUUAAUUUUUUUUAAUUGGCAACAAAACAACAAUUACUAACUGGCAUGUCACCGGUGAUUCUGUGAAAUUUCGUCAGGUCAGCCCGAAGACCCAUCGUGCGUAAUGCAGACACAGUUUCAGAACAGAAUGCCUGCGAAGAAAUAAGAAAAGCAUUUGCCAUGUGAGCCAUUUAAUAAGGCUUUAGAAGAGCAAGUUCCACCGUAUCCUAUAAUAUGAUGCAUCGGAGAGAUGAAUUUCUCGUACUGCUUGUACUGCACCAACAAGGCAAAAUCCCAGUUCCAAAGGCACAACCACAGACCAGCUCGCUCCCGUUAAAUAGUGUGAAAAUAAAACAUUUCAGAAGUUGUACAUUUAAGCUGCAUGAAAAUCUUUGUACAGAGGGAUCGGGUGGGGAAACGAUGUGUUAAAAAAAAAAAAAACAACAAAAAACAACAAAAAACAUCUCAAACUGUGUUUCGGAAUAUCCAUCUCACAGGAAUACAUGCCAACUCUCUCUCCACUCUUCAUAUCAUUGUCAAAUAAUCCUCUGAGAUUACAAUAUAAGAACCAGUUUUAUAUCUUAUUUCUGAGGUCUUAAUAGCAAUGCUUUCUUAUAAACAAUGCCAUCUGUAUAUAUGAAUGCCGCACCACUUUGUUCAUAACUUAAACACAAAGGAGUUUAAUAUUCCUUACUUAUCACAAUUCUAAAAUUCAAACUGCAUCUGAAAGAAGAUUAACUCUCAAUUUUAACUUAAAGAAGAAGCAAAUUACCACUCCAUGUCUGUUGUACAUUCAAUACAUUUAGUACAAAAUGGCUGCCAUAAACAAUAAAUUAUUAUUAAUAAUUUAUUGUUUAUUAAAUUACUUUUUCAGAAUCUACAAUCACCAAAACAAUUUUUUUUCCUGUAAACUUUGUAAUACUUCUGUGUUAUGUGCACCACUUUUGCAUCAAAGUGUUGAAACUGAUCCUUUGCUGUACUUUGCAAGCUUGGACUUGGAAUUAUGACCUUGCAGUUAGUUUUGGGAGGUAUGCAUGUAACAAAAGCUAUUAUUGUCCUAAUAAGUUUCGGAAACUGUAAACUACACCCCUGUGAAUUAAUGAGAGUAAUCUUUUUUUUUUUUUUUUUUUUUUUGGAUGGGUCCAUCCAUGUGUAUGAAAAUGUGACAGAUUUGACCAAAAUGCAGAGAUUUAAUUGGUGCAUAUCUCAAAGAAGGAGGGAUGAUGCUUUCAUUCUGAAGCUUUUAUGCUCACCUAAGUAAGGUUUUACUGAGAUGACUGGACAGUUCUGUAAAAGAAACCUUGAUUCCUGAUGUAAAAUGUUUGUAGGAAUUUGACUGGGGGGGGGGGAGGAGAAAUGCACAAUGGAAUACUGAAAACAAUUGAGAACCCGGGCUUCACAACCUUCCGUCUUUGUGAGCAUGCUGGAGCCAGCAGCCCUAUCUUUACGAAUUGGCCCCUUUCCGUGCGAAAGCCCACAAGCUGUUGUGCCUGUGUUCUGUGUGUACAGUACUGUGCUAGAGCAUCUGUCUGUGUAAGAGGAAACUAUUCAGCAACUUGUACUGGCUUUUUGGGAUGCGGAAAAUGCCAACUCAAACGGCACACUCUUUGAAAACCUGAAUUCACCGAGCAGAUGGAGCUGGUGCGUCUGUAUCCAUCCAGGGUUGUAGCUCCGUUUAGAUGAGUGUUUUCCGUAGUUGUGUGAGGUUAUUGUUAUUGCGGUGGGUGGUGCGUGCGGUAGAUCGGUUGCAGCCGUAUCGAGCCUCAGUGUGACGUGAAUUUCACCUGUGUUGGAUUCAGAAGCUAGUGUCUUGGACCCUGCGGGCCUUAAUUCGCCACAUCUGAGUGGAACUUUGAGAUUCCGACUUCGGACUCUGUCCGCCAGUGAAGGGGUUGUCCCCCAUCUGAUGCCGUUUGGGUGCGCAAUUGAGAAGUGUGGUGAGGCAUUAGAAUUUUUUAUACAACGGUUAAUGAGGUGACUUGUUGAUUUGAAUACUUUUGGGUGUUUGGCAUUUAACGUGACGUGAACUGAGGCAUCACCGUACUUAUGGGGGUACUCCAGUGUGCCCCACUCACCUAAUCCUGUUUUAAAGCCACACAGUGCAGGAUUUUUGUAGUGGUCUUGCUGUGGUCUUGUGUUUGCAAUCAAAGGAGUCUCCAACUCCUUCUUCAAACCUGCCCACUCACCCCGAAUACCCCGCCUAAUGUAGCUUAGCUGGACAGUUAGAGGUAACGUUACUUGCAUGUCCAACAGGAAACAAGCCAAGUCAACCUAAUGGUAAUUAAGUGUGUUAAAUGGUAAAAUCAAUGAGUGAUCAUCUUAUUUACCUUUAACACACACACACACACACACACACACACUUCACAUCAGGAGCAUGGUCCUUACAAUGGAGGUUCCUGUAACACAAACACACUUCAAUCAGGAGCAUGGUCCUUACAUUGGAGGUUCCUGUAACACAAACACACUCCACAUCAGGAGCAUGGUCCUUACAAUGGAGGUUCCUGUCAGCUGAAAGCAACCCCUGCUUUAUGCAUUACAUAGUAACAGGGAGUCAGUGGGUGUCUCUGAAAACCAAAUGUGUGUUGUGACAAGGACUUGGCACCCCUUGAGGGAAUUCUCAGUUAUUUCCCUAAAUCUUCAGGGGGAUUUAAAGGGAAUAAAGUCUGAAUUUGGUGUUUAUUUAAUGUUUUCUCACCCUGGGGCCAGUAAGGGUUGCUGAAUAGUUACACAAUCUUGCAAAGCUUGUUCUUAAUUUUUUUCUUUUUAAAAGUGUAAUGAUGGUAUCUAACGUAACUGACGUGCAAAUUUGAUGGAAUUCUAAAUGUUGUAAAUGCAUGUCAUGUUGGUGUGUUUGCAAAGCCUUUAAUUGAACUGGAUUCUCUUUAUUUUUUCAUUCUUUUUUUGGGUGGGAAGUGGGUAUUUCUAUCAUUGAUUUUUUUUCCCCUUCUUUUUAAAAUAAGUCAUGCUUGUUUUAAACCUUUCAUUCUAUUUUGUACAGGACAAUAUAAUUGUAAACUGUGUAAAUAUUCAACUCAUCUGCGACAACAAUCAUUUAAGGAGAAAAGAAAAUGUAAAAGGCAUCUGGCAGUAAAGGCUUAGUGAAGCCUUUGCUUUAUGUCGGUGGGGCCCCUUGCUUCGGGGAUAAUACAAUGGCCUGUUUUUAAGAUCACACAUCCAUCUGUCUAAAUAUGUUAAUUUGUCUCAAUAAAGUCAUACCAUACGGUAA